AGAAAACUAACCCACCCCUAGUUCUCUGGACCUCGGUUGGUUGGUCAGUUGGUCGGUAGGUUGGUUGGUUGUUUAGUUUGUGUGAAUUCUCCGGAUGUUCCCAACCUAACAGACUGACAUAAACACCAGUCUUGAGUUUUUGGACGGCAGCAAAUCUGGAGAACCACCAGGUGAAUAAUAAUCUCGCCGUCAGUAUUUGCCGGUGUUACACACAGCAUCGCCCCGGCAUCGUGUUUAUGUCACUCCGCGUUAUUUUAUGGUUGUCCAAUCAACCACACGCACGUGCAUUGUAUUCCUAAUCUAAUCUGCGGUGGAUUAUUUUCUCGCUGUCUCCAGAUUGGUGCAGCAGCGGGGCUGUAAUUCUCGCUGAAAAGCAGCUACAUUUGUCAGUUUUCAGCUACUGCAAACAUGUUAGCUCUAAAUUAGCAGCCUGGCUGUGUAACCCUCAAAUACCGUCGGGUUCGCGAGGAUCCGGUUCCACAACAAUGGAGGAGCUCGGGUUGAAGAAGCAGAACUGGGACGUGAAGGAGACCGAGUUAUUUCUAGGAAUCCUUAAAGAGCUGGACAUGGAGAAGUGUUUGGACGGCAGGAAAGUAAGGAACACGACCAUCUUCAAAGUGGCCCACAGGAGGAUGACAGCGGCCGGGUACCACCGGUCCGUGGACCAGCUCAAGUUCCGAUGGAAACUUCUCAAAAGCGCGUACUACAAGGGCAAACGGGAACCGAACUCCAACGCUCCGGCCAAAAUCCAGGGCUGGUGGAGGUAUGAAAAGACUAUGAUCGCCAUCAUGGAGUCCAGACACCCUCUGAUCGGAACAGGAGUCCACGCCGAUCGGACCGAUGAAGCCACAGAAGACUCAGAGGGAGAUGGAGAUCCUCCGAUCCUGCACUGGCAGCAGCCCUGCCCGGACUCUGCCCCGCAGAACCUCAACCUGGAUUUAAUUGUAGGGGUGACACCGUGGCUGCGAUGUAGUCUGUGGAUUUCUUUCAUUUGUUGUCUAGAUGCAUGCAUUCAUUAUCAGGGGUUAAGGGAUAACCGACCUCAGACAUCGAAAAUAUCACGAUACAGCGAUUCUGCGAUAAUCGUUGACUUGCAACAUAAUCGUAUAAUUUGUGAAAAAGCUGCACUACAGUAUUUCUUUACUUGAAUUAAGAUAGAAAAUAGAAACCUGGUCGAAAAUAACUCGAGUAAGAGAACAAUUUUCCCAAUCUUGACUCAAAGUUUUUUGGGGUUUUUGUUUACUAGAUUGAAUGGAAUAAUUGAAUGGACGGAUAAUACACAGACCGUAACCCUUUAUUGCCUGAAACCACAAAUAUGGCCAGAAAAUUCAAAUUUUUUUGGAGCUGAAAUGUUUAUUUCACUUAUUACUGAAAAACAAAAAAUUCAAAGUGUCCUUAAAAUUUAACAAAUAUAUUUAAUUAUCUGGUUUGAUACAUUAGAUGUUUUUGGAAACUGAAACUACAAGAGGACAUUUUUAUCAUUUAUUGGACUGUAUUCAGGUGUUUUUUAGUAAUUUCUUGAUCAUAUUGAUUUGAUAGAAUUAUAUAAAAGUAUGUGUCAAAUAUGGCAAUUUAAGAACACUGUUUCCUUUUUUUAAAACUCAGAUGUGACUGAUUUCCAGAUCUGCAGUUUUAAAAUAAAAGAAACAACGAACCACAGAGUUAAACCACAAGCUAUAAUGCUGCAAGCGCAGACAUUCUCAUGACGAGUAUUAAGCUGGAAUAAGACAAAUGUUAUGUGACAAACUUUUACAGGCUUCCCAGGUUAGAUAUUCACUUUUUCAUGACGAUGAUGAAGUUUUUGAUAUCGAGCUCAGGCUCACAAAACAGUGAAACAAACCCUGUCCAGAGCUACACAAGCACAGUUUACUGUCUUUUACUGGAUCGGGGUUUAGUAAAUGAUUUCAGCGCAAAAGUGGCGAGUAACGAGAACAUUCGAGGAAACGUGGAGUCAAAAGUACAAAAUUUGUCUUUCAAAUGUUGGGGAUGCUUGAGCGAUUUCUGUUUACCUUCAAUAAUACAACAUUAUUAAAGUCAUGAGGGUGGGAUUCAUUAUCAACUAGCCUCUGAGUCCGGACUACUCUCUAAUUUGUUUGCUGAUUGUUUUUGGUCUUUAAAGUUAAUUCAAUGUCAAGAAAAGGCCAAUCUAAAGUUUUUAUGUCAAAGGUAGCUUUACCAAGGUCAAUCAAGACUUGCGAUCCCACCAUAUUCACUACAUCAUGUUGUACAUUAGAGAAACACUAGUUUAAUAAUGAUUUCCUCUUGUUUUUGUAAAUGCAUGCGAAUGAGAAAUCUGGUCACCCUCGGCUUUAGCACAAACCUCCCUGCUGAAACCUAAUCAGGUUGCAGGCUCUGUGGAUAAAUCUGAUUAAGCAGCUGCGCUGCAGAAACAUGCUUUUUGGCCCUGUAAACUCUUUGAGGAUUAAGCCCGCAGAUGCUUGGGGAAAAAAAAGAGACCCAGGACGGAGGAGCUAAGCUGUGGCAACAACUAUGUAAGAGAGGGGAGGAGGAGGAGGAGGAGGGGGAGAAAUCUGAUUACAGACCAACUGUCGACUCGGAUUUUAUAUGGUAUCUGAUUUCCUGCAUUAACCUGCUUUCUCAUAGUAAUCCGUUUUCUGCUGUGCAUGUCUACACAGUUGAUAAUCAAAACGCUAUAUGCUCUGGUAUUUAUGCACUGGCCUAAUUGAUCACAUGACAUGAAAGGGUCCCAAAGCCGAGUAUUUAAUAGAUGUGAUGGAGCUCAUAAGUCUUAAAUAAACAGUACUUGAUAAAGAGAAGUAUUUAUGCCGGCUGCAGUGGUUCAAGUAGAAAGAAAAUGAAACUUUGAGGCUCAGUCUUUUGUUCUGAAGAAGAAGAAGAAGCUAAUUAUUAUUCUCUCUUAUGCUUCAGAUGUUUGUUAAUGUGACGAAUCUGGAGAUCUUCGUCCUGAGUUCAAGAUUUUAAAAUUUAAACAGUUGCACACACUAUCUGCAUGCUGCUGCUCUGCUGUAGAAGAGCUCAGAUUGUGCACUCGCUCUCAGAUUGACAUCUUAGUCAGAAAAAUUCAGCAAAACUGAUUGAAUUUUUUAUUUAUUUGGUAAAAAAAUAAGAAUUUCUGCAUCUAAAUCAAUAUUCUAGUUAUCUUGAAUUCCCCCACCCCCAAAAAUAUCCAUGAGACUUCAACAUUUGAUAAAGAAAAGCAUCGAAUCAAGUCCUGGUCAUGACAGCUGGUUUUUCGGUAUAUAACAUGGUUGUGGUGUUUGUGUGGUAACGUGAUGCCUGUGAGUCUCACUCCUGCUCUUACGGUAAUUGUUUAACAAUACUGUUGAUGUUUAACCCACAAAUCUGCUCUCCUCAGAUCAAAAUGGACCCGGAGAUGGACACGCAGCUGAAGAUCGGGUUCAUUGGUGCCGGGAACAUGGCCUACGGCAUCGCAAAGGGCGUCUUGUCCGGUGAGUCAGGAGAAAGCUGUAGAGAGAGAGGAGAGUUUUUUUUGUUUUUUUUUAAUGAAGGAGUUAAUAUUUUCCUCUUUUCUGUUUUACAAUUACAGGAAAUGUUCUUCCCGCUAAUGUCAGGGUCAGUGCACCCUCCUCAAGAAACCUCGGGCGCUUCCAGGUACGUCUUCACACUUCUCAGUAAAACCAGCUGGAUUACAGGACACUGAGCAGAUCACAGUUACUGUUUGUAAGAUCAGGUUCCUUUGAGUGGAUGGUUUCUCUGCAGUCUCAUCUUUUCUGUCUGAGAGCGGCAAAGUCCUGCAGGCAGAUUUCUGUGCACUUAGAACUAUCAAGAAGGUUGUAUACAUGAAGAUAUUUAUACUAGAAGAUAAUUAAAGAGUGGAAAUAUCAACUACGAUAAAUGAUACAAGGAGGUGCAUUACAUUCAAGUUUAAAUAAACUCAAUAAAUAGAUAAAUCGUUUAGAAACAGACGAAAGGAAAGAAAGCUUUGCAGUUUCGUGUCAAGCCAAGUGUUUGUGUUAUUCGGUCGGUGGUCCAAAAAGAUACAAAUUUAACCAUCUUCACAAUCUGUUUAAAUUUUUUUGAUGUCAACGUGAAGUUUUAAAGUCUUUGUUUAGGUACUUUGGUUCGAUCGUAAUGGAUUACAGUAGAAAAUUAGGAAAAGGCAGCAAAUCUUCAUGAUUCAGCUUGAACCAGAAGAUUUUUAAGUGUAUGAUAUGGCUGGAAAUGAUGACUUAAACGCUCUCUAAUCAGUUUUUAUUUUUCAGACUUGAUUAUUUUUUUCAUUCUGUUUGAAAAAAAAAAACGGUGACAUGAUUAAGUGUGAGUGUUUCUAAAUGCAGGUAAGCGGAUUGGUCAGCAAACAGACUUCUGUUGUCUUUCAGGAGCUCGGCAUUCCCGUCACUCACUCAAACGUCGAGGUGGUCUGUGGGUCCGAUGUGGUUUUUGUAGCGGUCAAACCACACCUGGUUCCUCUGGUUCUAAGUGAAGUCUCGCAGUACAUCACAGACCGACACAUCAUCGUGUCCGUCGCAGCAGGAGUGACUCUGUCAACCCUAGAGGAGGUGAGUUCACUUCAGCACACGUUAACAGAGACUUUAAACUCACAGCGUCUCUGUGGAGAUCUGAAGAUGAGUGACAUUGAGCCGCUUCUAUUUCCCAGAUCCUGCCGGAUAAUACGGUCGCCAUCAGAAUGAUGCCGAACCUCCCUUGUGUGGUUCAGGAGGGAGCUAUCCUGUUUGCACGCGGGUCACAUGCAAAACUUGAAGAUGGGGCUCUGAUUCGGUCUUUGCUACACCGCUGUGGUUUGGUGGAGGAGGGACCUGAGGCCUGGAUCGACAUCCAUACUGGACUGAGUGGGAGCGGAGUGGCCUUUGUGAGUGUCCCAGGAGUGUUUGAGUUUUUUGUGCUGUGAGCUGUAAUGGGACUAAACUGAAUCCUUGUUGGACAGUUGGGCUCUAUCUAUGAGCACAGUGGACGCUUCUUUCUGUGUUUGAUCGAGAUUAACCUAAAGUUCUAUUAUUAAUCUCAUUAACAUGAUAGAAGUCAAAGAUUUAAUUAAGAAUAUUACUAAAAAGAUUCAUUUAAACUUUACUUUUGAGGCAUUCUCAAAGUUUUUAUUUUGUUUUGUUGUAUUUUUUAUUUCACACAUCAUUCACUCAAAUGAUCAGACAAAAGGCAGUAAGUAAAUCUGACGUCUGUGGACGGGUUUAACACAGUUAAUGAAAGCCAAUCUAUUCAUUAGGCUUAAUUUAAAGACCUGGGUGGUUUCCCUCUCUGCACAAACGCUGCCGUCUGCACCGAGUGUGCACAUGUAAAGUCACUCUCAAACCAAAGGUAGUAAGAUGGUUGCUCUAAACUGUGCUCCCCUCCCCCAAACUUCCCUAAAUUUAUCUUUAAUCCACUAUCCUGCUGGGUUUUUUUUUCAUUAAAGGCAUCCCUCUUCUACUCAGUUUGAAAUGACACACACUGCGGCUUUAAUCAAGAUGAGAACAAAACUGGAUUACCUGAUCUAAUCAGAUUUCUGAAUCCCUUUUUGUUUGAACAAGCCAUUCUCAAGAUUUGCUCCGACCCUCCAGUCCUAAUCUGAUCAGAUUACUUUUAAACAGCAGAGACUUUGUGACCGUGGACCUUGUGAUCCCUCUCUUCAGGUUUAUCUGUUUGCUGAAGCGCUGGCGGAGGGAGCUGUCAAAAUGGGAAUGCCGAGCGCUCUGGCUCACAGCAUCGCUUCUCAGACUGUCCUGGUGAGUUUGUCCUCAUGCACUGAUACCAUUUUUGUUUUGAAGAACUUCAGUGAAAAGCUUUGUGAGAGUUUUAACCCUGUUUGUGAACUUUUUGUGUGAUAAAAGUUUCAGUCAUAUCAAGUCAGAUUCGUCCCCAGUUUGACCUGAAUGUCAGGACGUCACAUGACAAACCCUCUAUGAUGACUUUGGGACUCGUCCGUCUUUUUUCAGGGUGCAGGGAGGUUAUUGCGUGAUUCUGGGAAGCAUCCGGCUCAGCUCCGCUCUGAGGUCUGCACUCCGGGAGGAACAACCAUCUAUGGACUUCACACUCUGGAAAAAGGCGGCCUGAGAGCGACGACCAUGAGCGCUGUAGAGUCCGCCACUGAAAGAGCCAGGGAGUUUGGCAAGAAGUCAGGGACCAAAAAAUGACAUUUGCCUCUCUGGCGUCCUCUAGAGUGGAUUUUGGACUCAGUCUGUCACCCUGGACCAGAAAGAAGAAACAGGACUGAUCACUUUUUUGUAAAUCCAACCAGAGUAGCUGACACGUCUUUUUCACGUAUUUGCUCUCUGGGAUUUGUUGUGGACAAACAGAAAUGAUGGUUAAGUCCUGAUAUUGACACCGACCAGUAGCUUAUUGGAUGAUAACCCUGUAAUUUAUCAGAGUACAUGGCUGCUGUUACACAGAGGAAAAUAAGCUGUCACCUGAAUACGGUUACACCUGUAGUUGUAGAUAUACAACAUACACACUACUCUAUAUCUGUAUUUAUAGUAGAGUACGAAAACAUUCAACAAACCACACCCUGAAUUAUCAGUCAGACAAAUCCGGUUCAAUGCCUUAUCAGAUAAGAUUGGAUUAUUGUUGCAUGUAAUGUGAAGAGAAGAAUGAAAGGUAAAUUUAAAGAUGUGUAAUUACAUAGUGUUUAAUAUUCGUCUGGAUUAAACGUCAAACUUUAAUUGGAGAUAAUUACUGAAAGGUCGUGGUUGUGCAGCUGCUAUAACAGGUGUAUUUUACAUCUAUAUUGAGUCAUUGACUGAGUCUACCAUGCCAAACAUGUAGGAAGAGUUUACAUAAAGUGUCAUUUGACUUGACUCCA